AUGCAAAUCGUACAUUUGCUUAUAGUGUAUAUUAUCAAUGGAUUCAGUGCAUGGGCUAUACCAAAUCGUCGUUCAAUUGAUCUUUUUACAACUAAAAGUCCAUUGCCGAAUUGUACAGAAAAAUAUGGUGAUCAACCGGCUACACCUACUGUUUCAUUAAAUAACAUAUUAACCAUUCUAAACUUAUGUGCUAAUAUAUCAGGAUAUGUUAUAACACUUAAUUGUACCGAUUCGAAUGGUGAUCCACGUCAAGCAUGUCUUCUCGUUACACCAUCGUCAGAACCAUUACCUCUACUUGUUUGGCUUCAUCCAUCGUUCUUUCCAGCAGGGACAAUACUUUUUACUAAUCUUGUAGUUGAAGCAAGUAAAGCUAAUUUAACAGGUACAGCUGAUGGUCCACUUGGUUAUCAUUUACUUUUACCAUUCGGUCGUAAUACAACUCAUAUUUAUCCUCCACCAGAUGAUCAAGGACUUGGAUGGGAUAAUUGGUAUCGAAAUUAUAAUCGAUCUGAUCCAAAUUUAAAUGUUGAUGUACAAGCAAUUGAUUGUUUUAUAAAUCAAACCGUUAAUUAUCCAUCAAGUGAUUUUCAAAUUAAUAAAACUCGUAUAUUCAUGUCUGGUUGGAGUAAUGGUGCAGCAAUGGCAGUUGAAUAUGCACUCAAUACACCUGGAAUAGCUGCAGCAGCUGUCUAUUCAGCACCAGAUCCUUAUCAAGAUUAUCAUGAUCCAUGUAAUCAAACGGCUUAUCCAUCUCAUUUUACACCUGUACGUAUUUUAUAUAAUCAAUGUGAUGUUAUUAAUAUUUGUGUGACUGGUAUGGCAUUCAUCAAUGGUUUAAAAAAUCGUUAUCCGACUGAAUUGAUCGCUGAAGGUAUAAUUAUUGACUCGUUAUAUCAAAUAACUUCAACAUGUAAUCCAUUAUGUACCAGUGAAUUAGGUCUAGGUUUAAUACAACAUUCUAGAUGGCCAACAUCACUCAAUGAUAAAAUUUUCUUUGACUUUUUUCGACAACAUUAA